UUCCUCUUCCGGGGCUGCCUGUCCCCCGCCGGGUGCCGCCCCGGAGCCUCGCCCCGCGCAGGGCGCCGUGCCGUCUGUGACCGAAUUUCGCUCCGCGGGGUCCCGACGUCCCCCUCGAGCUCCGUUCGGGUCGAAGCGUCUCUCCGUCUCCGUUUCUCUUUGGACCGUCAUCCGCGGUAUGUCCUUCCACUCGGGGCGGGGGUGCCCCAGGGGCCGCGGGGCGGCCCGAGCGCGGACGGCGAUGGUCCCGACCUUCAGGCCGCAGAACCUGAGACAGCUGCACCCGCAGCAGCCCCCGGCGCAUUACCAGUACGAGCAGCAGCCGCCUCUGCCUCCGCCGCAGCAGCAGCCGCCGCAGCAUCAGGCCGCCCCUCCCUCCGCCUUCGCGGCCGCGCCCGCGGCGGGCUACCUGCCUCCCCGGCCUGACUUCGUCCCGUUCCCGCCCCCGGGGCCGGCGGCGGGACAGGGGCCGAUGGGCCCGUGUCCCGUGCGGCCGCCUUUCCCCGGCCCCCAGCCGCCGCAGACCUUCCCCGUGCCCCCUUGCUUCCCGCCCGUGCCCCUGCCGGCGCCCGGGGCUGACCAGAGCGCCUUCCCUUACCUCAUGCCGCCCCCCUCCGUGGCCCAGCCGCCGCCGCCCCCGCCGCCCCCGCCCCCGCCACUCCCGCCGCAGGUCACCUACCAUCAACCGCUGUACGGGCCGGCCCACUCCCCGCAGCCCUUCCCGCCCCCGGACUUCGGGACCUACCCGUUCCAGGGUGCCGGCGGCCCCUUCGGGCCCGGGGGCCCGUACACGGCGGCGGAGAAGGCGGGCGGCGAGCAGAGGUCCCCCGAGCGCAGCAAGCGCUACGACGAGCAGCGGCACCGCGGCCCCGGGCGCGGCCCCGGCGACCGGCACCGCUCCGACGGCCACGGCGACCGCAGGGAGCGCGGCCGCAGUCCGGACCGGCGCAGGCCGGACGGCGGCCACUACCGGGCGGACUACGACCGGGGCAGGACCCCGCCACGCCACCGCAGUUACGAGUACGGCAGGGACCGGGGACGCGAACGCCACCGACACCGGGAUCACCGCAGAUCACCGUCGCCCGAGCGGCUCUACAGGAAAGACUACAAGAGAACGGGCAGCCCCUCUCCGAGCCGGGAGCGGAAGAGACCCCGCUGGGAAGACGACCGGGAUCGCUGGGCGGAGGCCCCAAGUGGCGUUCAGGAGAAGAGCCACACGCCCGGGAAGGACAAGGAGCCAGAGGAGGCCGCCCCCGACAAGAACGACGAGGAGGACGAGGAGCUGCUCAAACCCGUCUGGGUGCGCUGCACACACUCCGAAAGCUACUACUCCAGUGAUCCCAUGGAUCAGGUGGGAGAUUCCACGGUGGUGGGGACAAGCAGGCUGCGCGACCUGUACGAGAAGUUCGAGGACGAGCUGGGGAAGAGGCAGGGGAAGGCCACCGCGGCCCGGCCCCCGUGGGAGCCACCCAAGACGAAGCUCGACGAGGACUUGGAGAGCUCCAGCGAGUCCGACUGCGAGUCCGACGAGGACAGCAGCUGCUCGGCCAGCUCCGACUCGGAGGUCUUUGACGUCAUCGCCGAGAUCAAGCGCAAAAAAGCCCACCCCGAUCGACUUCACGAGGAGCUAUGGUACAAUGACCCGGGUCAGAUGAACGACGGGCCGCUCUGCAAGUGCAGCGCCAAAGCCAGGCGCACGGGCAUCAGGCAUAGCAUUUACCCCGGGGAAGAGCCCAUCAAGCCCUGCCGCCCUGUGACCAACAACGCGGGAAGGCUGUACCACUAUCGGAUCACCGUCUCGCCGCCCACAAACUUCCUGACGGACAGACCGACCGUGAUAGAAUACGACGACCACGAAUACAUCUUUGAGGGCUUUUCUAUGUUUGCUCACGCACCCCUGACCAAUAUCCCCCUGUGCAAGGUCAUUCGCUUCAACAUCGACUACACCAUCCACUUCAUCGAAGAGAUGGCGCCCGAGAACUUUUGUGUUAAAGGAUUGGAGCUCUUCUCAUUGUAUCUCUUCCGAGAUAUUUUGGAACUCUAUGACUGGAAUCUCAUAGGCCCAGCAUUUGAAAACAGCCCUCCCAGCUGCCCAAGGUUCCACUUCAUGCCACGAUUUGUCCGAUUUCUCCCAGAUGGCGGCAAGGAGGUUCUCUCGAUGCAUCAGAUUCUACUGUACUUGCUGCGGUGUAACAAAGCUCUGGUGCCUGAGGAGGAGAUCGCCAACAUGCUGCAGUGGGAAGAGCUGGAGUGGCAGAAGUAUGCAGAGGAGUGUAAGGGGAUGAUAGUCACCAGCCCGGGCAUGAAGCCCAGCUCGGUCCGCAUCGACCAACUGGACCGUGAACAGUUCAACCUGGACGUGAUCACUUUUCCCAUCAUCGUCCACUUCGGGAUUCGGCCGGCCCAGCUGAGCUACGCGGGGGACCCUCAGUACCAGAAACUGUGGAAGAGCUACGUGAAACUGCGCCAUCUUUUGGCAAACAGUCCCAAAGUCAAGCAAGCGGACAAGCAGAAACUCGCCCAGAGGGAGGAGGCUCUCCAGAAAAUCCGACAAAAGAAUACAAUGAGGCGAGAAGUGACAGUGGAACUCAGCAGCCAGGGUUUCUGGAAGACGGGCAUCCGCUCGGACGUCUGCCAGCACGCGAUGAUGUUGCCUGUUCUGACGCACCACAUCCGUUACCAUCAGUGCCUCAUGCACCUGGACCGACUGAUUGGAUAUAUUUUUCAAGAUCGCUGUCUGCUGCAGCUCGCCAUGACCCACCCAAGCCACCACCUGAAUUUUGGGAUGAAUCCCGACCACGCCCGCAACUCCUUGUCCAACUGUGGGAUCCGCCAGCCCAAGUACGGAGACCGGAAAGUCCAUCACAUGCACAUGAGAAAAAAAGGAAUAAACACUCUGAUCAACAUCAUGUCUCGCCUUGGCCAGGAUGAUCCGACGCCUUCCAGGAUUAACCACAAUGAGCGCUUAGAGUUCCUGGGAGAUGCUGUUGUGGAGUUUCUCACCAGCGUCCAUUUGUACUACCUGUUCCCCAGCCUGGAGGAAGGCGGCCUGGCCACCUACCGCACCGCCAUCGUUCAGAACCAGCACCUGGCGAUGUUGGCCAAGAAACUGGAACUGGACCGCUUCAUGCUCUACGCUCAUGGACCGGACCUGUGUCGGGAGUCAGAUCUUCGCCAUGCGAUGGCCAACUGCUUUGAAGCUUUAAUAGGUGCGGUUUACCUGGAAGGCAGUCUUGAUGAAGCUAAGCAGCUGUUUGGCCGACUGCUCUUCAAUGACCAGGAUCUGCGGGACGUCUGGCUUAACUACCCACUGCAUCCGCUCCAACUCCAGGAGCCCAAUACCGACCGGCAACUCAUCGAGACCUCCCCGGUGCUGCAGAAGCUGACCGAGUUCGAGGAUGCCAUAGGGGUGGUUUUCACGCACGUCCGGCUCCUGGCCAGAGCGUUCACGCUGAGAACUGUGGGGUUCAACCACCUGACCCUGGGCCACAACCAGCGGAUGGAAUUCCUGGGAGACUCCAUAAUGCAGCUGGUGUCUACGGAAUACCUGUUCAUCCACUUCCCCGAUCACCAUGAGGGCCACUUAACGUUGCUGCGCAGCUCGCUGGUCAACAACCGGACGCAGGCCAAGGUGGCGGAGGAGCUGGGCAUGCAGGAGUUCGCCAUCACUAACGACAAGACCAAGAGACCCGUGGCCCUCCGCACCAAGACCCUGGCCGACCUCCUGGAAUCUUUUAUUGCCGCUCUCUACAUCGAUAAGGAUUUGGAAUACGUUCACACUUUCAUGAAUGUGUGUUUCUUCCCGCGUUUGAAAGAGUUCAUUUUGAAUCAGGACUGGAACGAUCCCAAGUCCCAGCUGCAGCAGUGUUGCCUGACCCUGCGGACGGAGGGGAAGGAGCCUGACAUCCCUCUGUAUAAGACCCUGCAGACGGUCGGCCCCUCCCAUGCCAGGACAUACACGGUGGCUGUUUAUUUCAAGGGGGAAAGAAUAGGAUGCGGUAAAGGGCCAAGCAUCCAGCAAGCGGAAAUGGGAGCCGCCAUGGACGCUCUGGAAAAAUAUAACUUCCCCCAGAUGGCCCAUCAGAAGCGCUUCAUUGAGCGGAAAUAUCGGCAGGAGUUGAAAGAAAUGAGGUGGGAAAGAGAGCACCAGGAGAAGGAGCCGGAAGAAGUGGACGAAGGAAGGAAGUGAAGGGGGCGCGAGCUGGGCCUGGGCCCAGUAGGGACCCGAUCCAGAGCCCAGGUGGGUGGCAAAACCUGCCAGCCAGAAAGUGCCAUCCCCAAACCAGACUCGGCUGGUUUCCCGCUCGGCACCAGUUGCACGGCAGCCAGGACUUGUAUCGCUCCUGGAUCGUAUGGAAGCUUCACACGGUGAGAAUCGGGAGCGGCCUCUCUCCCCUCAUCAAACGCGGCAGGUUCUCUGAGCACAGGCUCCUUGGGAAUUGGGCCAUGACCCCUCAAGACCAAGAUGGCGUCCAUCUGACUUUUAUAACUUUUCCCCUUCCUGAUUUCAUAGACUGCACUGGGUCAGGUGGGCUGCUCCGCUUCCCUCAGGAAGCCUGAGGAGAGAGAGCUGAGGAGACAGACAGGGAAGCCUCUGUCCUUUAGUGAUUCUCUUUACAUAAAGAAAGGGCUAUGUGCUUGGCCCUCCGGAGUCAUCUCUCCUCCUCUCCUUGGGACUGAGUAGCCAGAAUUGGGUGGAUUCUCCCACUAUGGCUGUCAGUGACUGGGCGCUACGAAAGGAAUGAGGUGGAGAGGAGAGAGCCUUCAUCCUCUGGCGCAGGGACCAGUCAACCGUCUGCAACAUCUGCCCAUCUGGGAGGACAGCGCUGGGUUUGACUUUCCUUCUGGUCCCCGCCAAGUCCAGAGUUUUACUUUUUACCUUCAGUACCAGAAUCUUGGAAACAUCCCCGACAGCUCUGUAUGUAUUUAUUGAGCACCUGCCAUCUGAGGAGUACUAUAUUGGAUGCCUACAAGGUGCAGAAUGCUGUAAUGGACACCGCCUGCAGGUUGAGUGCUGGACUGGGCGUCCCUUCUACAUAGAGCAUCGGGAAAUGUACAACAGAAGUAAAAGACAGUUCCCGCUUACGGUCUGUUUUGGAGGAGGACAUAAAUUACCUACAAAUAAUGGGAGCAGGGGUGAGAACAAGGACAUGACGGAAAGUGAUCCAGGCGUGUAUCCAGACGAUUGGUGUCGCAUUGGAUUGCUUAUGGGGAGAAAUUAAUCAGGGAAAGGCGCCCAGACAGGAAACAGAUUUUCAGAAGCUUUGAAGAAGGGGAGAGCUGUGGCCUGGGGGAUUUGUUCGGGGAAGGCCCAGCCAUGGGGGAACAGCUGGGAGCUGCUGCCUUGGCUCUGAGAUAGAUGAGCAGGUACAGAAGGCGAGAAGUGAGGGAGCUUGGUGGAGAUAUGGUAGCAUCUUGAUAGAGUGGAACUGGCGUUCUGGCUUUCCUCCCUCCCCCCGAGUACUCUGUGGCCCACAAAUCCACCCCGUGUGUUUAAUGGUGCAUUCCACAGAGCUUUUGUAGCCAGUAAAACUGCCUAAACCCCUCCUUACAUCACCUCCCUGGGAUCAAAUUAAGGCCUAAAGUUUUUUAAGUCAUGCGUGAAGAUCACAGCGAUAGGGAUGGAAGGCAAAUGCAAAAGUUUAUAUUGGAUGUAUGGCAACUGCAUCCAGGAACAAUCGUACGCCUAGUCUUCAUCCUUGUCGAUUCUAAGCCUUGGAAAAACUGCUUGGAUUGGAAACCCAGAGGGAACAGUUUUGCUGCCUACAAUUAUCGGUCCAGGGUACGCCAGGCUGAGGCCACAGACUGGAAUUCAUCUGCGGACAUCAAAAGCGUGUUCUUAUUCGCCACCCUCUAGAAUCAGACUCUGGCUUGAUUCUGCAGGCCCGCGGACGGAAAUUUGGCGAAGUCGCUGGAAAAGAGGAACCAUCAUCCUCUGCAGAUUGUACUUUUGUGCCCUGCAGUUCAUUGCUUGAAAUCGGUUUUUGCAAAAAAAUUAAAAAAAAAAA